CGUUAACGGCUCAUUUCUCAGCUGGCUGGGUCCUUACAGAUUUGGGAAUGCAAGAGCACGAGGCGACGGACUUGGCUGUUACAGUCGUCUUUAGAUAGAUAAUAGCUAGCGUUUUUCUCUGGUCUCUUUUAGAGAGGCCUCACAGAUUGCUUCUACUAACGACCGGUUGAUGCAACUUGAAUGACGAUAAUGAAAGUCCCCUGCCAAGAAGUCGUUUCCUCACCACUCGUCUCACUCCCCAUUCCCUCCCUGCUCACCCUACCCGAAGAUGUCCUAAUUUCAAUCAUACCGUGGGUCCGCAACCCAAUGCCCCUCAUUCGAUCCUGCAGUUACCUACAUCACCUCUUCACUACUCUACCGUCCAUCCGAGCGCAGUGGCUCAUACAUCGAUACGGCAAAGCCCAUGUUCUCUUUUAUCCAAUGUUGGUUGAACGUCAUCCUGCCUUGGACGCAGCUACGGUGGAUGUAUUGUUAAAUUUGGGUGCGCGGUUCAAGUUCCAGCCAUUAUUUGAGGAUGCCCCAUUACCGUUGCCUACACUGCAUAGCCUUGCUUGCGCUGCCGUUGGGGAAUUCAAAGCAGCACCGGUUCGUGCUGCAGAGCCGAGCGUGGACUCUAGUGAUCUAUUUGAUCUUUGGACAUGGGUCAUUCAGACUUGUGGCGCUCAAUCCCUCAUAGAACGACUCGUUAAAGCCGGUGCAGAUCCAAACUACCUCGACGCUUUUGCGGUCUCUUUUGCACUGCAAACUCGCAAUGCGGUCCUGCUACGCACGCUCUUGAUGGAUCUUGGUGCAUCGAUUCCAGUCGUCAGAGAUCGCCAUGAGCGAUCCUCGCAGCCUCCUCACUCUUGCCUGCGUUUUGCUACCGAGUUGGUUUCAUGGUACCCUGCUCCAGAUAUUCUCGCGCUUAUUCGGCGCUGUGAUGCCCAAUGUGACCCUGGCGAAAAGUCUGGAACAACGAAACGUCAAGGUCAAAAAAUGUUUUGGCAGCAAGUUGGCCGAAACAGUCGGACAGAUAUAUUACGCUUAUUGAAAAUGAAGCCAGCGUCGCCAGAUUGGAGUCUUGAUUUUGUCUCUGCCUGCGCUGUUUUCGUUGGUGCUACUAUGGGGGGACAUUUGCCCUUGAUGACAGAGAUGGUUCUUUCCAAUUCUGUCCCUAUCGACCAUUCGUCCUCCAUUGCCCUUCAAACCGCUGUUCGUCUCAUGCGUUCAGACCUUCUCUAUGCAUGUCUUUCUCUCGGGGCCACCAUUCCGAGAUCUGCUGCCUCCGCAUUGGCGAUCGACCUUCUAUCCUGGGCCUCCACGGACGCCAUUUUAGCUUUCCUCGCUCGCGCAGACGAUCGCGGUCGAACUCCUCGUCUGCACUGUACAGAAUCUUUUCUGCACCAUUUGGGCCGUUGCGGGCGUGGUGAUGUCAUUGAAGCACUGGUAUCGAGGGACGUUAUGAGCAAAGGUGGACGAAGUGGGAAAGCUACGAAUAGCAGUUUAGCGUUGACGAGUGAGCAAGCGACGACGGUUUUGGUUGGUGCCGCGGGUGCAGGGCACCUUGAUCUUUGCCGGGAUCUAGUCACUCGCUACGAAGGUGACCCUGUCGGAUACAAAUUCGCUGCAAUACGUGCAGCAUGUCGAAGCGUCAAAGCGUCUUCCGCUGAAAUAAUCGGUUAUCUUCUCGCCAUGUGGCAAGUCACUGGUGACGAUGACGAAGAUGAGAAACGGUUCGCGAGACGAUGUCUGGCAGAGUGUCUUGUCGAAGCCUGUAAGUUUGUUGGCCAGAAUAAAGUUCAAGUAGUGGAGUGCCUCAUUGAGUGGAUGGGACCGGCUGAGCUAAGGCGAGUGGGUGGUCGGGCGUUGGUUGAGGCAUUGAGAAGCUGGCAGUGGACCCCCGCACGAGUCAUCAAAAACCAAAUGAAAAAGGCGGCAAAGGACACCGAAGGAGAAUAUGGAGUUUUACUGGUGCUUGUAGGUGGCAGGAGCGAUGACCGGGCGAUAUCCACCGUGUGUAUUCCAGGGCAGGUCAAAACCUGUGCAGAUGACGGUAGAAUAUGGUCCAUCUGGCUUCCCACUCACAUGAUUAAAGAAGAUGCCGAGGAACUAGCACACGGGAUAGAGCACCUUAUACAACGGGCGGGAUUCCAAGCUUUUGUUCAAGACCUUGGUGCGGGAACCCGGUCCCCUCGGACCCUGUGGGACGCGCUACAUUCCCGUCAGAUACUGAUUCCGAGUCGAGUAUGCUGGUGCACGGCGUGUGCUGCCUAUGAUAAACGUAAGCGAAAGACUUGGAGGCAGUGGUGGUUAGAUCUCUGGGCAGGUGCCUGGAGAAGUGAGGAUGUAUAUAAUAAGGAGCAGAAAGUGUCGUUGGUUACUGGGUCGGCGUAACGUGUUGCGUUAUUCCUUUUUUGACUUCAUAAGCUAUUUAUUGUAUAUAUUGCUCUGUAUGUAUCAUAAUUUGUAUUUAUGAAAUGCUGGAGAUAUUAGCCGGAACAUCCGCCCCGG